AUGGGUCGACAGAAGGAGCUGGUGUCCCGCUGCGGGGAGAUGCUCCACAUCCGCUACCAGCUGCUUCGCCAGGCGCUGGCUGAGUGCCUGGGGACCCUCAUCCUCGUGAUGUUUGGCUGUGGCUCUGUGGCCCAGGUCGUGCUCAGCCGGGGCACCCACGGUGGUUUCCUCACCAUCAACCUGGCCUUUGGCUUCGCCGUCACCCUAGGCAUCCUUAUCGCUGGCCAGGUCUCUGGGGCCCACAUGAACCCUGCCGUGACCUUUGCUAUGUGCUUGCUGGCGCGUGAGCCCUGGAUCAAGCUGCCCAUCUACGCCAUGGCUCAGACUCUGGGAGCCUUCCUGGGUGCCGGGAUCGUUUUUGGGCUGUAUUAUGAUGCAAUCUGGGGCUUCGCCAACAACGAGCUUAUAGUUUCGGGCCCCAAUGGCACAGCCGGCAUCUUUGCCACCUACCCCUCUGGACAUUUGGACAUGGUCAAUGGCUUCUUCGACCAGUUAAUUGGCACAGCCUCCCUCAUCGUGUGUGUGCUGGCCAUUGUGGACCCCUACAAUAACCCUGUCCCGCCUGGCCUGGAGGCCUUCACUGUGGGCCUGGUGGUCCUGGUCAUCGGCACGUCCAUGGGCUUCAACUCUGGCUACGCCGUCAACCCCGCCCGGGACUUCGGCCCUCGCCUUUUCACAGCCAUUGCCGGCUGGGGCCCGGAAGUCUUCACGACCGGCCGCCACUGGUGGUGGGUGCCCAUCAUCUCCCCACUCCUGGGUUCCAUCGCGGGUGUCCUCGUGUAUCAGCUCAUGAUCGGCUGGCACCUGGAACCACCUCCACCCUCCACCGAUGAGGAGAAUGUGAAGCUGUCCCACGUGAAGCACAAGGGGCAGAUGUGAAUGGGCAGGGGCCUCCCCCUCAACCCCUCUCAUGAGCAUCCUUUGACUGUGCAGGGGCUGCUUCCUAGAAGCCCUCUUCACAACACCCCUCCCAGGCUAAGAAGCUCCUUGUCUACCACCGCCCCUCUAGAAAGCCCCCUUCAGGAUUUUCCAUCCUGAAGGAAAUAGGAUCCAACAGGACCGCUGGCCACUGCCUGUAAGCUGGUGGCACAGGGAGUAGGGCCAAUCUAGUCCUUUGUCUCUCAAAGAGAGAGAAUGGGCAGCAGAUGUGUGCGUGUGCGUGUGUGUGGUUUUCCAGAUAUUCAGGGCAAAGGACCAAGUGGAAAGGAUUCUAUCUGUGGGCGUGUGGGGGAGGCCCGGAGGGAGGGAGGGUGUUGUGUCUGUCUAUGAGUGAGGAAAGCACCAGGGAUCUGCAUGUUUCAGGGGCUCCGUGUGGAGGAGGGUCCAGGUACAUGUGUUUCUUAGUAUGUGUGUGUCUGCUGUUUUUUCUACACAGGGGACUUCUAUAGGCUUUGGGGGAGGUAGGGUGGGAAUAUGAGUAGGGCUAGGAGGAGGGGACCACAGCCCAGAUGAGGAGCUCUAGCUAUUCAUACAUAAGUAAGAGCAGAGUGAUGUGUUUCUGUCAUGAUGGAGGCAUGAGGUGGGUGGGGUGAAGUCCAGGUCAUAAGUUUCACGUUUGCUCUUUAAAAAAAGAAAAAAAAAGUAUAUAUAUAUAUAU